GGAUAUGAGAGUCCUCCGGCGGCGCGCUGCCGCCAUGUCACCGAGAGAGAAACAUUUAGCGAUUCUCUCUGCUUUAGGCCUAGUUAGUCUUGCUCUUUAUUAUAUUCCUACUUUUCUUUACGCGACUUUAAUUCUUGCAGUGUGUUGUAUUGUGUGCUACUAUCACAGCGGAGAACCGCUUCCCGCCAGGUUAGGCCUGAAUCCUCGGGCUGGGCUGACGGUCCCAGCCGUUCUUCGGCGCUGGUUGUGGGGUUGGGGGGUGACCGGCGUGUCGGCAGCCGCACGGGGGAGAACCAAGAGCGGCAGAAACAAAACCGAGCUCCGGGAGGCAGAGGGACACUUCAGAGACAGACACGCUGAAACUGGGAUUUAUCGGAGGGAAACAUUGUCAAGUGACUCAUUUCUUUUCAGCCCCCGGGAUUUCCUCAUGGGGAGUUACAUCGGGAAACCCGAAAGUCCGACCGCCGACCUCGGGAGGCCGAGAGCGGGGAGAAACCCCCGAGAACAACUGCGGGAGAAACUGUCCAGACCCAACCAUGCUGUCUACACCCCCAACAGGAGGCUGUCAUUCACCGGGGAGCCGCUGGGCACAGUGGGCAGGUUCACCAUCACUCCCCAGCGUCACUACCCCCUGCAGCAGCCGGGUGUCUCAUCAGUGGGAGUAUUACCUCCUGUCAAGUGGGAUGGCUUCAGGAAGAAAAAUAUCCUCAGCCCUCGUAACUCACCGGCUGUCCUCAGCCCCGUCACUGUGAAGAUCGCUAGGCCGGACCACCACAGCUCCCCCAGUUUCGACCAUCUGAGCUGUGCAGGGCUCCCCAGGGCCCCUGUGGACCCCUGCUCCAGAGAGAGUGUCCUCAAGGUGUUGAAAGAAAGCCGCAAGAGAGAAGUGGAGGAUGAGGACAGGAGCUUCACAACUGAGCAGAAAAGCAAAAGAAGGCGUAACGACAGCGGUGGAAGCGCACACUCUGCUUUCGAGCCUCUUUUGCCCAACGGCACACCAUCACAGCUGGUCCCUAAGCCAGGAAGCCUGAAAAGAGGGAUGGCCUCCCUGGCGGAGGACUCUAUUAUGAAGCGGUCUCGCACCUCCUCCAUCAGCUCUGGCAGCGGGGUCCAUGCCCCGAGAGGAACCCCGGGCUCCAGGAGAAACCCAAUCCAGAGCUCCUACAGCUCCUCACUAGGCCUCAGCCAGUGGAAAAAGCGGUCAGCACCUAGCUCCCCUCUGUCCAGCCCCGGAUCAUCCCGCUGUCAGACUCCAGAAGGAGCCUCCAAAAGACCCAGAGAGGACGAGGGACAGUCUCCCAGCUCAGCCUCCUCAGUGCGGUCAGACCAGACAGCCUCCGACAAGGCACCUGUGACUUCCAAACUGACUCCAGUCCCCAAGGUCCCAGUCCCUACCUCAACAGACUCUACUGGUAGUGGUGGAAAGAGAAAACGGAAAAUCCAGCUGGUGUCCAGCCACCGGGAUGAUCAAAUCUCUCUGCCCCCGCCUCCAGAGCUAGGCUACACUAUAACUGUGAAAGACCUCGACGAAGAGAAAAAGGCUGCCAUCAGCAAGAUCCAGAAGGUCCUGGAGACGCCUGCUCCAGAGCCAGAGAAGUCUGUCUCUCCCCCAGCCUCCACCUCCACCCAGCCUGCCUCCUCAACCAGCUCUACCACCACCACCCUGAGCAGCCUUCUGGCAGCUCCUCUGUCCACAGCCUCCAGCCCUGCCAUCCCAGUCAUCAAUCUGGAUCCCAGCCCCAGCAGCAGUGUUAGCAAAGCACCUGCAGCCUCCAACCCACUGCUGGAGGCACUGAAGAUGAAGAUCAGCUCCCCUGCUAGCUCCACAUCUGCUGCCAACACAACUACAGUGUCUGAAUCGACCACGCCAGUACAACCCAGUGGCUUAACCCUGAAGGUUUCGACUCCAGCACCUACACCACAGCCCCCACCUGCCUCCCAGUCUCAGUCCUCCUCAGCUGGUGUGGAGCAGCCCUCUGCCUUUACUCAGGUGCUGACUCAGGUCUCCAAGGCAUCCAGCAGCCCUCUGCCUGCAGCAGGAACAAGCCUGUUUGGAUUGACGAGUCAGAUCAGCACCCCCGCUGCUUCUUCAGCCUCUAAACCAGUCACUGCUACUGCAGUUGUCCCAGCCAGCAGCUCCGAUUCAGUCAGUACCACCAACCCCCUGCUGGCGUCAGGGUUUAAGCCCAUUUUUUCUGUCACCACCACCACCUCCUCUGCAACAUCAGCCCCAGAGAGUAAACCUCCUGUCCAGAGUUUCAAGCCCAUCUUUGGAGCAGCCACUACAGCUGCAGGCUUUGGACAGCCUCCACCCUACACCACCACUGACCCAGCUCCUACAGUUUCUUCAAGUAGUACAUCCUCAAUGUUUGGAUCAACAAGCAGCACCACAGUUACCCCAUCUGCUUUUCCUGGCUUGACCACCACUGGCACCACCUCCACCACAGAGCCUGCAGCUCAGCCAACUGUCAAAUCACUCUUUGGAAACUGGUCAACACCAACCACAACAAGCACCAGCGCAGACACAGCGCAGGCCCCUAAUACAGGGAGCACGUUUCAGUUUGGAGCUGCUACCACCACCACUGCAGUUGCCCCCGCUGCUGCUGCAACCACAACCUCCAGCAAUAGCACCUUCGCGUUUGGUGCCACACAGCCGGACCCUCAAGCUGCCAACCAGAAGGUAUUCGCCUUUGGACAGGCAGCACCCAGUCAGAACACAACCACUGCGUCAUUUGGAGGCUUUGCCAUGGCCAACACAGCUCCCACCACUGCUGCUGCCACCACCCAGUCCACUUUCACCUUUGGAAAGUCGUCAUUUCAAGCACCGGCUGCGCAGACGACCUUUGGCUCCUCAUCGGCACCAUCAGCGCAAUCAACCUUUGGUGCCUCAGCAGCACCAGCAACGCAGUCAACCUUUGGUGCCUCAGCGGCACCAUCAGCGCAGUCGACAUUUGGCACCACAGCGGCACCGGCAGCGCAGUCGGCAUUUGGUAACACAGCGGCACCGACAGCGCAGUCAACAUUUGGCACCACAGCAGCACCAACAGCGCAGUCAACAUUUGGCACCACAGCGGCACCGUCAGUGCAGUCAACAUUUGGCGCCUCAACGGCCCCACCAAAACCCUUCACCUUUGGAAACAGCGGAGGAGCAUCAUCCGCACCUGCCUCCAACCCUGCCCCAACCCCUUUCGCCUUCGGGUCAGCUGCUGCCACCACAACCACCACCUUUGGGACCCCAGCUAAACCAGCAUUUGGAGCCAGCUCCGCUGGUUUCACUUUUGGUGGCACCACCGCUCCUUCAGCUGCACCAAGCUUUGGUGCAGCAACUCAGACUCAGAGCUCCUCCACAGCCACCUUCACGUUUGGCAGUGCUGCUCCUCAGCAGGCUCCCUCCGGCCCCGCGCAGUCAGCAUCCAGUGGAUUUAACUUUGGAGCUAGUAUGCCAUGCCCCCAGUUUGGAACACCAGUCGCCAAUAAUCCUGCACCACAGAUGGGGAGCUUCAACUUUGGGGCUGCUGCUACUGACAAACCAGCUUUUGGGACGUCGACCCCAUCCUUCGGCCAAAGCGCCGCUGCAGGUCCAAUUCCCUUUGGAAGUCCUGGAACUCCAGUCCAAGGCUUCAAUGCUGUUCCUUUUGGGUCUCCAGCGACUCCCUCCUUCUCUAUUGGAGCCGGAUCAAAGCCAUCCGGAGCACGUCAGAGGCUGCAGGCGAGGAGGCAACACAACAGGAAGAAGUAACCUGCUCCAUGUGGCCGCUUUCAGAGGACUUUGGCUCUUGCUGCUGUUGCUGCU